AUGCCCGCCGUCGACAGGCUUCGCCUGGAAGAGGCUUUGCAGGAUAGCCCGCAGGUACCACCGCGGCACGUCUGAGUGGAUCUCCGCGUCAGGCCAGCGAGGGAGGGAGAGAGAGGAUGUCGCAGUCGUUGGAAGCUGCGCUCAAACGCGAAAGCUACCUGCGGACCGGGAGGGGAGGGGGCGAGCAGGAUUGUCAGUAAUCCAGAAUAUGGCAUUUAGGCGAGCCGAGAGCUCUUCCCGGGUGUCUGCUGAUCUUUCUGUUGUGGGUCUGCAUCAAAGCAAACCUGUGAGCCAGGCAGGGUUUUGGUGGUGGUGGAGGUUCGUCUGUUUUCAUAAUGGUGCUCAACAGACACAGGAGUUUUCAGCAAGUUGGAGGGUGACAUGUAAUUUUUAAACGGGGAUAAUUUAAAAGCUGGAGAAAGAAGCCCCUGCUGCCGGAGAAUGGAGGAGUCGGAAUGGAAAAGUAGCCAUUGUGGUCGGAGGUUUGUUAAGUAGGAGGCGGGUCUUUCUUUUAAAGAAAAAGGUGACAUUAUUAGGACCCAGAAGAAAUGAGGGAGGUCAGAACUCCUAGUCCGGUUAGAUCAGCCUUUGCCAACCUGGUGCCCGUGCCCAGAUGUUUUGGACUACAACUCCCAUCAGCCUCCGAGAGCACAUCCAUCCUGGCUGGGUCUGAUGGGAAUUGUAGUCCAAAACACCUGGAGGUGAGAUGGCUAAGCAAGACUGGGCUAGAUGUUAAAACAGGCGGUGUUUUGCCCGGGUGUGUGAGAGAGGGAGAAACUCCAGUGUAUAGGAAUCUGGCUCUAUGACAGAGAGGAAGAACCCCCAUGGAGAAAUAAAAAAACUCUUCUCUGCCUAUCAUCUACUAUCUUGUGUAAGUACACAUUCCGUACAUCAGCAGGAUGCUAUCAUAUUUUUCCAGGUUAAGAAGUGAAGGGAGCAUGGAAAUGUUCUAACAAUGGUUCUAACAAUAAAGCACUUUGGAAAUAUUAAUGAGCUUUGGAGAGAGGAGGAGACGGAAGUAGCUUUAUCAUUGUAAAUGUAUGGAGCUUCAUUGUGACCAAUCUAGGUCACUUUUAAUAGGUGCAUUAGGAGGGAUGUUUUGAAAUCUGAGGGAAGGGAAAGUUAAUAAUUGGAUUUAUUUGAUUUAUGUUCCUGGUCUCCCUAAGUUCCAUGUGGGUAGCAGUACAAUCAAAAACACUGUUCUAAAACAGUUAUAAUACGUGAAUUAAGGUAGAAUAAAUUAUGAAUUAGAGACAGUUUGUUUCUUCCUUCCUGAUCUUUUUGGAUCAAAGAGUGAGCGAGCGAGAGCCCUUUCAAGUUUGUGGAGAACAUGCAGGCAUCAUGUGACUCAUCUAAAUGGAUGCUGGUGCUUUAAAGGCCGGAAAGUGAACAGGCCGGAUGCUGAUUUGCGUAGUACACAGAAGAGUGCUGAGGCAGUGCAAAUCCUUUUUUUUUUUUUUUAAGGGCUGUAAUUUUUCUGUUUCUUUACAGAAGCCACAGCAUAAUAGGUGCAACUGCUCACAUUCAAAGCAUUCUUACUUGUGCUAAAUUGUGUGUACACUUUUUUCCACCGAGUUCUCUGGCAGUUAAACACACCAGGGAGCUGCAUGUACAAAUUUACUGUCAAUCCUCCUGAUUGACACCAAUGCUAUGCACCCCUCCAUCCAGGGCUCUGUUUCCCUCCCACUGAUAUUUUUUUUUGAGGGGAGCUUAGGUGAUGUUGCAUCAAAGCAAGUUUUAUGCCACAAGCACAUUUCUCUGUCACUUUCCUUAUUGCAAAAAAUAUAAUCUUUGAGGGAAAUGUGUUUGCUGUGCAAGAGCUACAAAGUGACUUUAAUUGCACAAAUUGAAUUUGUAUGUGUCAGGCAGUAGCUCUCUAGGCUUUCAGACAGAGUUCUCUCGCAGCCCUACCUGGGUCCCAAGGAACAGGUCCCUCUCUGUGCUGGCCCCACAGCAGUGAAAUUUCAUUCCAUCAGACCUGCGUCAAAUUUCUGUUCUUCAGAGUCUUUGAAGGACCCCAAAUAUCUGUUUUUCUUCCUUUGUCCUGGCAGGUGUGAUGCUUGUUAGCUGGGUGAGUCAAAUAUAUAUGUAGAGCCAGAAAGAACAUGUGGAAUGUUGCUGAAUUGCAUGGCCAUAGGUCAGAGCAGUAAUUUGGGGUGUGAAUGUUCGAUUAUAAAACUUUAAUAUGACCUAUUCCAUCAAAAGGGCUCAGAUCAGAUUCUCUAUACAGUGGUACCUCGGGUUAAGUACUUAAUUCGUUCUGGAGGUCUGUUCUUAACCUGAAGCACCACUUUAGCCAAUGGGGCCUCCUGCUGCCGCCGCACCGCUGGAACACGAUUUCUGUUCUCAUCCUGAAACAAAGUUCUUAACCCGAGGUACUAUUUCUGGGUUAGCGGAGUCUGUAACCUGAAGCGUAUGUAACCUGAGGUAGCACUGUACUCGUUUAGGAAAGGGCUGUGGCUCUGUGGUGUACCCUCCUAGUGGUGCAGCAGUAAAAACCACUGGCACCUUUGCAAAGCUAAGCAGGGUCUCGUAUGGUUUCAAAUUGGAUGGGGGACUGUGUGUUGGAAUUCCUGCAUUGCAGGGGGUUGGACUAGAUGACCCUUGGAGGGGGUCCCUUGCAACUCUGGGUCAAUCCCCAGCUUCUCCGGGUUUAGCUCAAAAUAUCCCUUGCUUGAAACCCUGCAUAACUGCUCCCAGUCAGAGUGACAACACUGAGCCAGAUGGAUCGAUGGCCUGACUCUGUAUAUCCUUGUUUCCUAUGUUCCUUUCCCCUUCCAUUGCUGCUAGAAGGAAAUCAGGCCUGGUUAGUGAAUAAAACCGCAUCCUCCUUUUUCUGCCCAGGAGCUAAACCACAGUUUACACAAGGCAGAUCUUACCACACUAGAUAUAUAUAAAAAUAUCCCAAUGUAAAUUGUUAACUUUGUAUACCUGAAACAUAAUACUGGUUUUUCUGCUUCUGCCAUCUCACUUAGAAUAUUAAAAUGUCAACAGUAUUUUAGCACUAGCUGAAAAAGAGGGGUAGAAAAUGAAUGUGUGUGUGUGUGUAUAAUUUCUAUACCAUCCUUCAUACGAGGAUCACAGGGCAGUUUACAAUAUAAAAACACGAAAAAAUGUAACAUAUUACAAAACAAUACCCCACCCACAGUUUAAAAGUAUGCAAUUGAAUGCAUGUUUAUUUUGAUAUAAGGCUCACUGUACUCCCUGACACAGAGCUUUCCAAACUUUUCAUGUUGGUGACACACUCUAUGCAUGCAUAAUAUCGCGAUACAGUACAGUCAUACAUCGGAAGUCAAACAGAAUCUGUUCCGGAAGUCCGUUCGACUUCCGAAACGUUCAGCUUCCAGAUUGUGGCUUCUGAUUGGCUGCAGGAAGUUCCUCCAGCCAGUUGGAAGCCCUGCCGGGUGUUCGGCUUCCGAAAGAAUGUUCGAAAACCAGAACCCUCACUUCUGGUUUUUGAUUGUUCUGGAGCUGGAACAUUUGACUCCCAAGUGUUCGGGAGCCGAGGUACAGCUGUAAUUCAGUUUUACUAGCAAACCGGAGGUUAAAUUAACCCCUUUCCAGCCCCAGGAGGAGCAUGGGGAGCGUUUGCACGACACACCUACACACUGCAGCCAACACACUAAUGUUUCGUGGCACACAGUUUGGAAAGCUCUGCCCUAGCAAGUAUGGUUAGGGUUGAAAUCUUUGUGGUGUGAUCCAUUCAGAUCUAAGCAGUUUAGGCUGCUGUCUUAAAAAAGUACAUCAGGUGCAAUCCUGUGGUAGCUGGGUUGGUGGGGGCAGGAGCCGUAAUAUUUUGUGGCUCUCCAACUCCAUGGGUGAUACAGAAGAUAUGACCACAAAUGGAUGUCUUGUAGCUGUGGGAACCUCUUGGCUGCCCCUUCUCCAGCAGAGAGGGCAAAAAAGAAAGUUUUUGGGGGGCACAUCAGCGGAUACUUUGAAUCCACUGGAUCUAAAGCCUUCCUGUUCUGGUAUGCUUCUGGAAUGGGGUGGUGGAGGAUAUUAUUCUUAUUAUUCAAUGAGAGCAUUUUGAGUAUUGCCCUUCAUUUUUAAAAUAUGUCUGAGGGUUCUGUUGUGAACUGUUUUGGGACCUUCGGAUGAAGGACAAUAUACAAAUUAACUAAACAAUAAUUAUAAUAAGCAAAGAAAAUAUCAAACCAAAAAUGCACCAUAGCCCUAGUCAGUUAUAUGGGUCUGAUGCUUCAAUGUUUUGUUGAAACUGAACAUGAGGAAAGAUUGCUGCUAUUCCUUCUUCAAUUUGAGUGGAAUUACCCUCUUUGCGGGAUUUUCACUUAUCACCACGUAAACCUCUACAAAUAUAGGCCAGCUUGUGCUCAGUGGGGAAGGCCCAGUUGGAGAUCCUCCCUAUGAGGGAGGUACAGUUUGCAUCAACUCAGGACGGGGCUUUCUCUGCAGUGGCACCCCAACUGUGGAACGCUUUCCUUUUGGCAGUGUUACCUCCCGUCUCAUUGGUGACCUUUUGAUCCCAGCUUAUUCAUUCAUGCUUGGGGGUGGGGAGUAAUAACAGGAGCUGUGCUUGACAUCAAAAUCCCGUGGAGCUAAUGUUUUGUCUUUCUGGAUAUAAUUUAAUAAUGAUUUUAGAGUUGUCAUGAUUUAUGAAGUGUUGUGUUUUAUGAAUUGGCCAUUGUAACCUCCCUGUGGUCUGGUUAGAUGAAAGCCAGGGUAUAAAUACAGAUGUCUUCACUGCUGAAUGCUUCUGUUCAUAAUAGGGCAAGGCUGGGGAACCUGUGACCCUCCAUAUGUUGUUGGACUCCAAUUGCUGUUACAGUGGUGCGUCGCAAGACGAAAUUAAUCCGUUCCGCGAGUCUCUUCGUCUUGCGGUUUUUUCGUCUUGCGAAGCACGGCUAUUAGCGGCUUAGUGGCUCUUAGUGGCUUAGCGGCUAUUAAUGGCUUAGCGGCUAUUAACGGCUUAGCGGCUUUAAGAAAAAGGAAACGAACUCGCAAGACGUUUCGUCUUGUGAAGCAAGCCCAUAGGGAAAUUCGUCUUGCGGAACGACUCAAAAAAUGGAAAACUCUUUCGUCUUGCGCGUUUUUCGUCUUGCGAGGCAUUCGUCUUGCGAGGCACCACUGUAUUCGUGACUUUUGACUAUCUGAAGGGCCACAGGUUCCCCACCUCUGUAGCAGGAAUUUGAGGAUCUGUUACUUGUGUGUGUUUAGUGUCUUAACAACAGAGAGAUUACUAGUGUCUCUCUCCAUUUAUGCUACCUGUUUGUUUGAAAAUUGUAAAUUUCCAUCGGUGAAUAAACUGCUACCCUUUCUCUUUGACCAGACACGUUCUUUGCUGAGUGUGUUUGAAGAAGAUGCGGGGACUCUCACAGAAUACACCAACCAGUUGCUUCAAGCGAUGCAGCGAGUUUAUGGGGCUCAGGUAAAUCACUUCAAAUGUUUUCAGUUCCCUUUCUGCCCCUCAACUCUUCUAAAAAUAAUGUAUUGUUUUAUUUCAAUAACAUAUUGCGCUUUAAUAAUGGGUAAUAUAGAAAACCAUAAAAAUAAACCUGCCACUUUCCUGAAGAAAACACAAAUAAUCAUGAUUUCCACACACCCCAUUGAUUAUAUUUUAUUUUGUUCACUUAAAAAUAGGGGGAUAAACAUAGAAAGCAAUAUAUACUGAGGCAAUUACUGCACACAUCCUGACCUUAUUCAGAUAGUCAUAUAUUGGCUUCUUAGUUUUAAUAUGGACAAAUCUUUUGACCAGAUAUGCAGCCUGCUCACUCCUCCUUUUGUUAGUAAACUAUUGUUGCAACAGGGAAUCUCUAAUUAAUCAUAGUUUCUUGUUUUGUCCAAACUGGGAAACUAUGGUUACCGGAACAAAUCAGGAUCUUAAACUAAUUCCACACCAUGGUUUAAGAUCCUGAUCUGUUCUGAACUUGAUACCCAUAGUUUUCUGGUUCUGAUAAAAUGGGAAACUAUGGCUAAUUAGAGAUUUCCUGGUUAAAUUGCAGCUCACCUCAAAGAAACCGUGUACGUGGCAAAAGGCUUGUCCAUCUCUGCUUAAGAAGCCAAGCUGUGAUCAUUGGAACAAGGCCACAGUUUUGCAUCCCAGUUCACAGGUCAUUUUUGAUUACUGGCCACUGGUCUUCCACAAAACAAUUGGGGUUCUGUCUUCCACUUUCCGUCUUAAUUUGCUAUGGUAAUUUGUCCUAUAUUAAUAAACCACAAAUUGGCAGGCAAAGCUUUUAAUCAUUGGACACAAGUUGGUUGGUUUGUAACAUGGAAAAACAAUUUGGGGGAGGAAGUUUGGAAGGUUUAACCCCCACUCUUCCAGGGUUGUGAUCCCAGUCUGUUCUGUGCAUGCAUACACACCACCCCCAGCACAACUAAUAUUAAGAUGUGAAAAAGUGCUGUAUAUCCAAUUUGCAUCAAUUCUAUACCUUUUCUUGUCCCACCCCUUUCUUCACUAUUGUAGAUUACCUUGUGGGAGCAUCUCUGUGCAUUCAGGAGAUUAUUGAGAAGACCGGUGGGGUCAUAUGCAUAAUAAUAAUAAUAAUAAUAAUAAUAAUAAUAAUAAUAAUUUAUUAUUUAUACCCUGCCCAUCUGGCUGGGUUUCCCCAGCCACUCUGGACGGCUUCCAACCGAAUAUUAAAAACAAUACAGCAUCAACCAUUAGAAACUUCCCUAAACAGGGCCACCUUCAGUUGUCUUUUAAAAGUAAAAUAGUUGCUUAUUGCCUUGACAUCUGCUGGGAGGGCGUUCCACAGGGCAGGCGCCACUACCGAGAAGGCCCUCUGCCUGGUUCCCUGUAACCUUGCUUCUUGCAGUGAGGGAACUACCAGAAGGCCCUUGGCACUGGACUUCAGUGUCUGGGCUGGAUGAUGGGGGUGGAGACGCUCCUUCAGGUAUACAGGACCGAGGCUGUUUAGGGCUUUAAAGGUCAGCACCAACACUGAAUUGUGCUCGAAAACGUAUGCAUGCAUGUUAUAGAUGGAUAUUUAUGCGCCCAUAAACACAGGCAGUCUUGAAGGAGUUGCUAUAGUAGGAAUUUGUAGCCACGUCUUCAGGAGAGCCUUUUAAAUCAAGGUUGCCCUUCGGCCCUCCAGAUGUUUCUGGGCAUCAGGGAUAAUGUGAGGGAUAGUCCAGCAUCAUCUGUAGGUCCCUAGAGAUCCUCAUUCCCUGUUUUAAAUGAACACAACCCCUCAUGUCUUCGGCAUUAUGUACACAGAACUGUCAAUGCACUAAGUCCCAGCCCAUCCAAAUGUUGGUAUUUGGGCUGCUUAACUUGUAACUCAAUGUUGCAUCACCUCCUGUAAGUCCUGGAUGAAGUGUCUGGAACUCAGAAGUUCCUGGGGUGCACCUCCCUGGCAUUCUUGUUUGUUUGCAUGCUUUCCCCAAAAUUCCGGGUGUGGCCUAGCCAUCGGAAGUGCUGCCUAUUUACACUCCGGAAAUUAUAGGUGUGGUUUGGUGACUUAUUUCAAUUCAGCACGGUUUGCUUUUAUGGGUAACAAAGAAAAGCGGAGAAGGCAGACAACCUGCUAUUUGGGUACAAUCAGAUGGCCUGAUAGCUUUGCCGAUUAUCAGAAUUUCAGUGUGGAGAGAAUUUAAUUUGCCUUUCUGGUCAACUUAGUGUGCAUAUGGAAUAAAUAUAGAGCUAUGUUGAAAUAGACAUUGGAAAAAAUAGGCAAUGAAAUGACAGCAUGGCUUUUUAUAACUAAGGUGAACUUUCUCUUAUCAGAAAUCUUGUAUACUAUAUCAAAGGCUUCAGUUUAAAGACCAGUGCUCACUAGGCUUGGUGCCCAUACUAAUGUGUUCGAUCUUUUUGGAAAUGGAGUUGAUUCAAUCAAAGUGGUGUUGAGAGAUGGUGGGAUAUGAUAGAAAAUGGAACAAGUAACUGAGCUGCUGUCAGCAAAAGCCUCUUUUAAGAAAUGAACAGGGUGGUUAUGCGUUAUAAUCAGAUUAUGCUGCAUAAGUCUGAAUUUGAACACUGAACAUGACAUUUUGACUGUGUUUAUUCUGUAGAAUUUGAUGUCAAUCUGAAAAUUAGACUGAAUUGUGUUGAAUAUUGAGAUUCAGUCCCUUAAUAUUGCCCUUGCUUUAUAUCAAGGUGUCCUCUGCAUUGAAGUGCAUUGUGUGUGUAGUAGAGGUGUACAUAAGUUGUAAAGUUUGUGAUGUCCAAAUGCGGUCAAUAUUUAUUUGCCCCAGUUUGAGCUAUAAGCAGUGCAUACAAUUGUUUCUUUUCUGCGUUUGUUGUGAAAUCUACUUUGUAAUCUGUUUAGGUGGUUAAAGAGUUGUGCUAUUAUAGUGGCUGCGUUCCAAGAUUAUGGUAAACCAUUGUUAAUGUUUGACUGUGAAUGUGCUGGUGUAUUGUGGUUUGAUCCUCCUUGACUGGGGAUCACGGUUUAUUUCUUUUGUUCCAAAGAAGCCACAUUGUAGUGAGGAUUUGUUCUUGGCUUUCCAAUUAUUUUUUGUUUGAGUGAAACAAACCACAGUCCCCAAGCUGGAUGUAGCACUAAGCUAGUGAUUGUGAACUAUUACUCCCUUCGGGAUGCAAUGAAGUGGGGACGAUUUCUGCAUUCACAGUUAACAGUUAACUAUGGUUUACUAUGAUGGGUGAACGCUGCCACUAAUAGGCAGUGGAGGUAAAGAGAGAGAAAACUGGUUUGGGGAUCCUUACAGUAGAAUUUUAUUUUCCUAAAGUCUGUGGUCUUUCCACACCUCUACGAUACAAACAUCAGUUGAGAAGUAAAACAUUAAAAAGCAGCAAAUAUGGUUUGGGGGUUAUGUAUAUUUAGAAAGAAGGGAACUCUAGAAAUGUCUGUAGAGUACUACUCCACAAUAUAUGUAAGUUUGAAUUGCAGCAAGGUAUUGAUUUAUGUAUUACUGUACUUCAUGGUGAAAUAUUUGUCUGUCACAUGACCUUACAGCCACCUGGUGUGUGGAAUUUUCAGGCUGGUCCAUAAAUAUUGGUGCUCCUGGUGAAUAAUAUGAUCUGAAACGCAGAGGGUAGCAACUGUAGUGCCCGUUAUGAUGACAGAUGAGGCUUAUGCUGCAGUAUGACGCACAGUUCACCUUGCAGUAAUUCCUACUGAACUUGGUGUGGCUUACAUCUGAAUGAACAAGUAUAAGACUGCACUGUUAAUUCAUCCGUUCGUUUAUUAAAUUUAUAUCCUGAUCUCCCUCUCAAAGGAGCCCAGGGUGGCAGACAACAAAUGGUAAAACAAACCAAACCAAAAACACCUUUAAAAACAAUUCCAGUACAGAUGCAGGCCUGGAGAGAUCUCAGCUUAAAGCGCCUGGUUGAAAGAGGAAGGUCUUCAGUCGGUGCUGGCAAGACAACAGAGACAGUGCCUGCCUAAUAUUCAAGAGGAGUCUUUUAAGUUGGUGUGUGAUCAUUAGUAAUGAAAUACCUUUUCUCCUUGCAGAAUGAAAUGUGCCUGGCAACCCAGCAGCUCUCCAAGCAGCUUCUUGCGUACGAGAAACAGGUACGCCUGAUUUACCCUGCGCGACCUCCGUGUUCAGCAGAUUAGGUGGUAGAGAUGAAAAGAUUCUAAGGGGUUUGCUUAGUUAUAUUGCUGGAGAUGUCAAACUUGCCUCAACAUCUUGGAGCAAGAAUGGGGGUGGGGCAAGGGGAGAGCAUAAGAAGAAGCUGUUGGACCAGGUCAGUGGUCCUUCUAGUCUAGCAUCCUGUUCUCACAGUGGCCGACCAGAUGCCUGUGGGAAGCCUGUAAGCAGGACCUGAGCACAGCAGCACUCUCACCUCCUGCGGUUUCCAGCAGCUGGAGCGCAGAAGCAUCUUGCCAAUGACAGAGGGAAGAAGGAUGCUGUGGAGAUCACACAGGGUCCCCGGACGUUUAACGGUCUAUUGAUCCCUGUGCCACCACUGUGCUCGCUUCCCCGCUGCCACCACUGGUAAAACACAGUCCAGACAGUUGUUAAAAAUGAACCAAAAAACCCCCAGGUUUAUUUUACAAACAUUAACAAGUUCAUGGUUUCUCUAGUAAUAUUUCUGUCAGUACCUUAACUUUAGUUUCUUUACCGGCCUAUACCUUCCUAAUACCUUCCUAAUACCUUCUGACUGAUUAUCUCAACUGACUCCUCUUAACAAAUUCUCUCACUCUCUCACACCAGACUAGCCCUACCCACAGACUUAUCUGUCUCUUCUAACUCCAGACUGUCUUCUCAACCACCCUAACUCUCUCCUCAAAAAAAACCACACCUCUGUGCUUAAACCCUAUACACAGUUAACUCUGCCCCCUGGGUUCCCAUUACUUUGUCAUUUUACAAUUAGUUAACCCUUUCCCUAUGAACCCAGUAUGAUGUCACACACCUGGGAGGGCAAAUGCCACAUAUGCACAUCUGUGUCCAGUAUCGCAGGUUGCUUUUAGCUUAUCCCAUAGAACUCCCCGGGAGGCACUGGAAACCUAACGUCUUAUUUUCAUUUCCUUUGCAGAACUUUGCCCUGGGUAAAGGAGAUGAAGAAGUGAUAUCCACCCUUCAGUACUUUUCAAAAGUUGUGGACGAGGUAAUCCAAAUGGCCAGCAAGUUUUUUCUUAGGUUUUUUUAUGGUGUCUGUUUAUCUCAUUGAAGCUGUGACGACCUUGAGAUUUACAAAGGGGGAGCGUGGCGAAAGGUGGCCUGUUUGUGCUUUGUAUAGUCUGUAGAAAAGGCCUCAUCUUAUUCUGCUCGUAAAAUGAUGGGGCGAAGGAGAAGCAGAGAGAGAGGGAGAGAGAGAAGAAUCCUGAAGUUCCCUUUAUCUUAUUUAGCAGUUCUUGCUAUAUUUAUGCAAAGUGUUGUGGCGCCCUAAAGAUGGACCAACUUACUCUGGCUAGAGUCAUUGUUAUUGGAUGCAACUUUCUGCCUUUUGACCCACCCUUUGCAGCUUUUUCUCUCUUACACACCGGGGGUGGGGAGCAGGAGAUGCCCUCCAGUUAGUGUUGGAGUCUUCACAGAGCCCAAUCUUCAUGGCUAGCAAUCAGGAAUGAUGGGAGUUGUAGUCCCAGCAACGUUUGUAGGGCCACAGGUUUCCCACCUCUGUUGUACGCACAUGUGUUUGUGUGUGUGAAUGUACAGUGGUACCUUAGGUUACAGAGGCUUGAGGUUACAGACACCGCUAACCCAGAAAUAGUACCUUGGGUUAAGAAUUUUGCUUCAGGAUGAGAACAGAAAUUGUGCGGCAGCAAUGGGAGGCCCCAUUAGCUAAAGUGGUACCUCAGGUUAAGAACAGUUUCAGGUUAAGAAUGGACUUCCAGCACGAAUUAAGUUCUUAACCCGAGGUACCACUAUAAAUCUAUAUGUGCUAGCCAACUGACUGUUGCCCUAAUAAAUUCAACUUCUCUUCUGUGUGUUUGCUGCGGCAGACUUAACAUGCCAACCCAUGUUAGCUUGCUGAAGUUCUGUUAUUUCUAGGCUGACUUAAAAUAACAACUCCCCAGUGCACAACAAAUGUUAUUCAACAUUUCCCAGUAUUUAGAAUUGGCUUUAAGGGGGAAGGGGAUUUUUUCUUUUUGGCUCAAACGCACUUUGUACUUCAAAAUGACAUUUUGGUCUGUGCACAAGUGCAGUAAAAAGAUAGUUCGAAGUUCUUGGCCUACAUUUGCCUUCAGGAGGCUUUUCUGGCGCCUCUCUUAAAUUUAUAAUGCAAGAUUUCCAGCUCUGCAGAGACAGUUCAGGGGAGGGGGUGUCUUCCUUUCCAUUUCUCCACCCAUUGUCUAGAGACACAGAGCAUCUCUUCUCUUGGCUUGAACCCUGGGAAUUCUAGUCCUCAUUAGGCCAGGGUACAGUGUCUUAUUUCUUCCUGGGCUCCCACACCCUUUUCCAGCUGGUUUCCAUUGCUUCACCACACUCUGCCAAGAUGCACAAUUCAUGGGAUGUUGGAGCAUAUCUACACUAUAAGCAUAAAUCAUUGCUUAUACCAGUGCUAACUGUCUUGGUUUCGCCCAAAGAAUCCUUGAAUUUGUAGUUUGGUGAGAGUGUUGAGAUAGCCGUACCCCCACAGCCCCUCACAGAAAUUGAAGUUUCUGAGGAGAGGGAGUGACCAUUAAAUUAGUUUAAGUCUGUGACAUGCUUAUAGCUCAGUUGGUUAGAGCAUGGUGCUGAUAACGCCAAGGUUGCAGGUUCGAUCCCCAUAUGGGACAGCUGCCUAGUCCUGUGUUGCUCAGGGUCCUUUCCAGGUCUACCAUUCUAUGAUUUCAAACAUACAAUGCCACUGAAGUACAGUGGUACCUCGGGUUAAGUACUUAAUUCGUUCCGGAGGUCCGUUCUUAACCUGAAACUGUUCUUAACCUGAAGCACCACUUUAGCUAAUGGGGCCUCCCGCUGCUGCCGCGCCACCGGAGCACGAUUUCUGUUCUCAUCCUGAAGCAAAGUUCUUAACCUGAGGUAAUAUUUCUGGGUUAGCGGAGUCUGUAACCUGACGCAUGUGUAACCUGAAGCGUAUGUAACCCGAGGUACCACUGUACUUAUUUAGUCUUAGCUUUUUUAAUAAAAUAGCAUCAUCUUGUAGUGUUAAAACAAGACCAAUUAAUUUGCAACCCUGUUAUUUCUCCAUUUUUUUCCCAAAUGUGCCUCUGUUACCUGCAUAUUUUCUAACGGAUUUUCGAUUGUUAGCAAGGUGUCAUCUGCAAAUAAGCAUAUUUUCUCUUUUUUAUUAUUGCUUAUUCCUUUUAUAUUUCCAUCUUCUCUAAUUACAUUGGCCAGAGUUUCAGUGACCCUUGGGGCCGUUCUCAGGUGACCCACACCUGGCCCACACCUUCCUUGAGGGUUUUGCCUGGUUGGAAUGUGCCCUUGUACAAUGAUGAUUAGAAUGCCUUUUGCUUGCCUGGAAGGAGAGAGGUGUGGUGGGGAGACGGUGCGGAAACCUCUGGCUCCUUUGUGGCUAUAUUGUGGCUGACUGCCCAGAGGUAAGAGUCACCUCAGUGGCUCUGCCCACUUUGGCCUUUGGCCCCACCCACUGAGAGGGACUGUGGCCCUCAGGCUGAAGAAGGUUCUUCAUGCCUGGUAUUUGCUACCAUGCCUCUGGUCUUCUGAUCAAGUCCCCUUCUUCCCGUUUGGAGAUUCGUCUUCAUAAGCGACUACUUUCUAGGAAUCUUGCCUUUUGAUCUCCUUGUUUGUCUGCAGUUCCAGCCACGCAGUUAAGAAAGCCAAUACUGUACCUUUAAUAAUAAUAAUAAAAAUUAAAAAUUAAAAAUUGAUACCCUCCACUGUGAAAAUUGAAAACUGUGACAACAGCUGUUUUGGUUGAGUCAUGUCUUUUGCCAGGGCAUAAGCGAAGCAGUCCAGCUUGUAGGAAAAGGCUGCAGAGUAAAUAUAAAGUCUUGUUUCAAAGCCUCUCCUUAAGUAAACUCUUUAAUCUUGAGAAAUGGAGACAUUUCUUCUCAGCUGAAGCCGUGUGUAUUUGGCAGCCCAUAACUAAUUUUAGCAAGACUCAAAGCUCACUGGUGCAUGGACAGAUACUAAUAUUAUUACUAAUAUCCAUGUAAACAAACUUGUUUUCACCUAUUGAUUUUUUCUUUCUGGACUGCUCUGGAUUUUUAAUAUGUAAUCUGGCAAAGCCAUUCAGUGGUGGAUAUUUCAGUUCCCUGUAAGAAUGUUUCAUAGAAAUAAAAUGUUUUUGAUAUCUUCUUAUAUGAAUUGGUUUUUUGAGAGUGACAUGGGAUUAUUUAUUAUGGAAAACCCUACUGAAGAAUCUCAAAAAAAGGUUGGUUUUGAAAGCAAAUGGCUUCAAACAAUUUAAGAAAACGCUGUAUAAAUAUAUAUGAAAGUGUGUGGAUUUAAAGAAAAAUAAUUAAAUAUAUUGGCUCCAGCUUAAUAAGCAGAUGGUAUUGAUUUGGCCCACUGUUCUAAUAGAGCACUGUACUGGUCCUCACUUCAGAGAAAGCUAUUUGGGCAACUCACUUUGCUAUAAUGAUUACUAACUACACAGAGAUGGGGAACUGAAGCAGAGAGUAACAUCCAAGCAUCUAAAAUGUACUUCAGAGUAGGGGUGGGUAACUUACGGCCCUCCAGCUGUUGUUGGACCCCAACUCCCAUCAGCCCUUAGCUACCGUGGAUGGUGGUCAGGCACAAUGGGAAUUGGAAUCCCGCAACAUUUGGAAGGCAACAAGUGCCCCAUUCUGGCAUUAAAGUUCCCACAGUCAAGCACAAAUCUGAACUUUCCUGUCCGCCCUACUGAGCCACAUUGGGUUUUCCAUUCAAGCACUUGACGGUGAAUUUAGGGUACCGGGGAUGUUAUUGCUGCCUUCUAAAUGAAUGGGCUGCCCUCCUGUCUUUCAGCUUAACAUUCUGCACACCGAACUGGCCAAGCAGCUCGCAGACACCAUGGUUCUCCCCAUCAUCCAGUUCCGUGAAAAAGACCUUACAGGUAAAUCUUCUAGGUGUGACUGGGAGCUCUUAGUAGGAAACAAAGGAAGAGAGGGACGCUUUUUCUUCUUGCACUCCAGACAACUUUCGUAUCUUAAAGAAAAUUAGUUAAGGUUGCGCCCCUAUGUAGACUUCCGUGAGAGUUUAAAAACAGCCACCCCACACGCUGAACACAGUGGGGCUUGCAAGUGCUAGCAGAUGCAUGUUUAUUUGGAAAUAGCUUGGGGUAAGCUUGGCAGACAUGGCAAAUUACAAAGGACUGCUGUUCUCAGGUCCUGCUUCGGGGCUUCCUGUAGGCAUCUGAAUGUCCACCUUGAGAACAGGAUGCUAACCUAGAUGGGACGGUACCCUGUUCUUAGGGCUAAAACCAGAGCGACAGCAACAGCUUCUAGACCCAGGAGUGGGGAACCGGUGGCCUUCCUGCUAGUGUUGUUGGGCUCCAGCCCCCAGUAGCCCCAGUCAGCACAGCUGGUGGUCAGAGAUGAUGGGAGUUGUAGUCCAACAACAGCUGGAGGACCAUAGGCUUCUCCAUCCCUAUUCAUUGUGGUAUUUCUACUGUUCAAGGAGGAUUGCUAGUCUGCAAAAAGAACAUUUCUGCCACUGUUCUGCUGCAUAAUCGCAACAUGGGACUGAAGCAGUUCUAGUCCAGUUAAGGAAAUAAAUACAUGGCACAUUUCUUUGCAUGAAGUCAAGUAGUUGCAGUGGAAUUUGAGAAGAAGGUCACUGCGAACGUUCACAGUUUUAAUUGGCACAUCUCUGGUCAUCUCAUGGAAACUUUGCACUAAUGCGCAAACCCUUUGUUGUUGCCUUCUGCUUUUUCCUAGAAGUAAGCACUUUGAAGGAUCUCUUCAGCCUUGCCAGCAAUGGUACGUUUUCACAUUGGUCUUUCAUUUGACUGAAAUUUUGCUGGCGGUGUGCAUGAGUGAUGAUGCUAAACUGUGCCUUCGAUCCUUGCAGAACACGACGUCUCCAUGGCAAAGUACAGCAGGCUACCCAAAAAGAGAGAGAAUGAAAAGGUAAGAUACUCCGACAUCUUGGCACAUUUGAUAAGAUGAAUUUUAUGUAAUGAAAAAUCCUCAACAGGGUACAGUUCUGUGAACAUAAGAAGCUGCCUUAUCUAGCUCCAUAUUGUUUACUCGGACUGGCAGCAGCUCUCCAAGAUUUCAGACAAACUCUUAGCCUUCCCUGGAAGGGCUCAGCCUGGAGUAUUUUGUGUGUAAAGCAGAUACUUCACCAUUGCCCUUUUCUAAAUGCUAAUAUAGGAUGUUUGAGAUGGUUUUUGGAGCGGGGUGGGGAAGAAAGCUAAAGAUUUUUUUAAUACAUAUGCAAACAACCCCAAUGUGGUGAAUGGUGUAUAUACAUCUUCCACAUGAUAGGUACAAUUCUGAGAAGGGUGAGGUGCACAGACUGUUAUUGACACCCAAGUCACUUCAUAAUGAAUCGCUAUAACACCAGUCAGGAAAGACCUACAUUGGCUACCAGUACGUUUCUGAGCACAAUUCAGAGUGUUGUUGCUGACCUUAAACGGCCUCGGCCCAGUAUCCCUGAAGGAGCAUCUCCACCCCCAUCGUUCAGCCCAGACACUGAGGUUCAGUGCCGAGGGCCUUCUGUCGGUUCCCUCAUGGCAAGAAGUGAGGUUACAGGGAACCAGGCAAAGGGCCUUCUUGGUGGUGGCGCCCACACUGUGGAAUGCCCUCCCUUCAGAUGUCAAGGAAAUAAACAACUAUCUGACUUGUAGAAAACAUCUGAAGGCAGCCCUGUUUAGGGAAGUUUUUGAUGUUUGAUAUUUUAUUGUGUUUUUAGUAUUCUGUUGGGAGCCGCCCAGAGUGGCUGGGGAAACCCAGCCAGAUGGACGGGGUAUAAAUAAUAAAUUAGUAGUAGUAGUAUUGUCACAGUGGUUUCAGUGGCACUUGGGUGUCAUUUAACUGCCUGCUCAAUGCACUGCUGACCCCGUCUUGCAGUGGCACAUCUGCUGAUACUUGGCUGUUCCUUUCCUUUAUCAUUCAGCUAAAGGCGGAAGUUGCCAAAGAGGUAGCCAGUGCCCGGAGGAAGCAGCAUCUCUCGUCACUACAGUAUUACUGUGCCCUUAAUGCUUUACAGUACCGCAAGAGAAUCGCCAUGCUGGAGCCCAUGCUGGGAUAUACGCGCUCCCAGGUACAUAUCCUAGCUGCAGCAUCUUGGGCAGCAAACCCUUCUUCGCUGCAGCUGAGCUGGUUUGGAAACCACUGAGCACUGUAUGGUUCAGUUAAAAACUGGUGGCAGGACAAGCCCAGCGCUCCCUGACACGUCAGACCAAGGCUGCAUCCACACCAUACAUUUAAAGCACUCUGAUGCCAUGUCCACAGAACGGACGAUGGCAGGAUCCCCAAGGAUUUGCUGUUAUGGGGAGCUGACUUCAGGCACCAGGCCCGUUGGCAGACCAGUUCCGUGUCACAAAGUGUCAGGCUUUGGGGGAAAUCAGCUCCCUACCACGGGGCAGCCCAAAAUAAGAGUUCUAACCAAGUCAUUUAUUCAGUAAUUCACAGAGAACGAGGAAGGAAUGCAGCCUUCCCAAAAAUGGUGUUGCUCCAACUGAGCUCCCCCUUCCCUUCCUAGCAACAGCACUUCCCCUUAUGGUGGCUGCCAGGGGCUAAUUGUCUCUGAGUCCUUCACUCUUCAACUUUCAGCGCACACAGAGUUCUGGGAGAAGGGGUGUCAGAUAUGCUCUCCAGUGAUAACGUGUCAGCUGGGUGCUCUCUCUCUGGCUCCCCCUUCUCUUCUCCCAACACCUCCCAACUCUUCUGUUCAUCUGUCUCUGAGCUGUGACCUUUCUCAAACCACUGCUGUAAUUCAAUACUGCCUUCCUCUUCUCUGGGAAGUUCAGGUGGAGGGGGCGGGUGGCAGUCUCCACCAUUCCUCCUCAGACUCGUCCCCCUCAGUCCAGUCCCUGGAACAAAGCUGUCUGCAAACAUGACAUGAAGGCUGGCCACCUCAACCGUCCCGCCUGGGAAUCCCUUGCAGUGCCUGGAGACAGACAGUCAGGUUGUGUGUCCACAGCAGUGACCAGAGGAGAAAUAAAACACUGAGAGGAGCGCAGGGAGAAGAAACAUUCUGGUGCACCUGUAGCAGCAAAACCAGACGCCUUCGUCUGCCACAGUUGCGACAUUACAUGCCGCCAGUGUGGUGUAGUGGUUAAGAGCAGUGGACUCAUAAUCUGGUGAACCAGGUUCGAUUCCCUGCUCCUCCACAUGCAGCUGCUGGGUGACCUUGGGCUAGUCACACUUCUUUGAAGUCUCUCAGCCCUACUCACCUCAUAGAGUGUUUGUUGUGGGGGAGGAAGGGAAAGGAGAAUGUAGCCGCUUUGAGACUCCUUCGGGUAGUGAUAAAGCGGGUAUCAAAUCCAAACUCCUCCUCCUCCUCUUCUUCUUCUUCCUCCAUGUCUCUCCUGUGUUGGUCUCUACAGCCACAGCAGGCUCUGUAACUCUCCAACGGUUUGACUUUACCCCUGAAGGCGAACUCCUCCAUUGUCUCCCAAGACAGACAGGUGCCAAUAAUAAUCAUGGAAGAGGGCAUGGUUGACUGGAAAGGACCCUAGACAGAGUGUCCCAUACUAAGCAACAUUUUGUUGCAGGUUCACAUGUCUUGUUCUCUUUCUAAGAUGUAGACCAGAAUGGGGAACCUUUGCUCUUCCAAAUGCUGUUGAACUCCCACCAGUCCCAGCAAAUAUGGCCAAUUGCCUGUGAUGAUGAGAGUUGGGAGUUCAGCAACAUCUGGAGGGCCAAAGUUCUCCCUGCCCCUGAUAUACCCUACUCCCUAGCCAACAACUCCUUGACUCCCAGUAUGAAAGACCAGAUUGUUGGAUCAUAUAAACCCCAGUGUCCCUCCUCCUCCCCUCGCAUGUUACUGCAAGGAGUUUGCCGACAAAAAUAUUCAGGAGUUGUGUGUGCUCUCCCUCUUUUUAUAUUCUUCAGAUUAAGUUUUUUAAGAAGGGAGCCGAGAUGUUCACCAAAAAAAUGGACAGCUUUCUAUCUUCAGUCUCAAGCAUGGUUGAAAGGUAAUGGAUCGUUCCAGCUUGCUUUUGCCUGUUUGCUCUUUUUUGCUGUUUCUGAGAAUGAUUGUGCUAUGACUGGCAGCAAGCAUGAGGUCUGACACCAGCAGUGGUAGCCAGGUGGGGCACUGGCCAGGGACCCCCAUGGCUUGGAAGGACCCCUCACCUGCCCGACCCAGAUGUGACGCCCUCCACAGCCUUCAGUGAAUUUGGCAGCAGGGCUGCUUUUGAAUGGGAGUCCAGCUUCGCUCCGGUUCAAAAGUACUGCUACCCCUACAUGGCUGAAGUGUUGCCUGAUGCUCAGUGGAGGACAGUGAGUGAUGCUGUGACUGUCAGAGCAAUGGCAGAGAGAGCCUGUGGUGCCCAUGACUGGCCUAGGCAGGACUGCUCUCAGUCCUGGUUAGGGAGUAGGGGGUCUUAUCAUUGUCACCAUGCCAAGGAGACCCCCCUUCCAAGUUUGGCACCAGCCUGGCAGCCAGAUGAUGCAAGUGUGUCUAGAAAACCAUGUUGCUGCUUCUAGGAUUAAAAAAAAACACACAUGAAAGUGCACUCUUACAUUUCCACUUGUCUCAUUUUAAGUGCCUGGAGAAACAUGUAAAUUUUAAUAAAUUUUUAAUAAAUUGUUUGUUUACAUUGUUUAAUAAACAUGUACAUUUUAAUAAUUUUUAAAUAAAUUGUUACUACUUUUUAACAAAGUAUUACUAAUAUAUUGUGCAUCUCCGAUGAGGUGGCAAGGGAAAUCUUGGGAUCUGACUCUUUCUGAACUAUUGAAACGCAGAAGAAGUGUUGAGAAACCAAACACAUUUUGAUAAGGUAUGGUUCCCAUAUAUCAGCUAGGUAAAUAGAAGGGUUGUUCAUCUCAGGCAUCCCGCCACUCAUGCUUACAUAUGGAGAAGAUGUGUCACAGAUAGUUGAAGCCUUGGGGGUGGUUCAUUCAAUGAACCCGUUAUUUGACCGUGUUCCUGCUCAGUUCCUUAUAGAUGACUGAUGUGUGCGUGUAAUGCUCUGCAGAUUUUGUUGCAGUUCGUCCAUGCCAUUUUAUUAUAAAACCAAUCAAAUAUUCUAAAGAAGAGAAAGGAACUGUAUGCUCAGCAUUCGUCGGACAGCCUAAGCAAGCAGGCUAUGGCCAUGAAGUGCUUUGACGUUUAUUCUCUCCUGUAGCGUACAGGGAGAAUUGGACACUGAGGCAGAAGCUAUGCGGGUAUCUCAGCAAGAUCUGCUUUCGGUUGGCGAAUCAGUGUACACGCCUGACUUCGACGCAGCGUCGCCUCUCAUCAACAGAAACCUGAUUCAGAAGGCUGGCUACCUUAACCUUAGAAAGUAAGGAAGAUUCCUGGGAGGGAGUCAUGCCUUGGCAUGGUAGACGGGCUAGUACUCUAGCUAGUUCGGUGGGUUUUCAAAAUUGGGACCUAAGGUUCCUUAAAGUAAAAUGCUACAUCUAGUACCUCAGCUUGGGGGGGGGGGAGGUUAUGUGGCCCUCCACGCCUCCUUUUCUGGACCUCAGAACUCUCGCCAACCCUCUCCACGUCUUUCUCAAGUGCUGAUGCCUGAGAUCUUUCCUGUUACCCUGGAGAUGUUGAAGGAUUGAACCUGACUUCUGCAUAUGCGAAUCACAUGUCCCUUCCCCCCAAAAUGUACGAUGCAGCAGUGCCAGAAAACCAAAGAGCUGAAAGAGAGUAAAAGCAGCUACUAGUACCUGUCGUGAUGUCCCUUGUACUGUGGGAUCAUGAAAAGUCCCUGCACGUGCUUCUGCCACAGUACAAAAUUCAAGUCCCUCAAGAUGCCUUGCUGACAUUACGAAAAGAUAGCGGGAGUCUUAAAAUGUGUGCGGUGAAGGGGGUGGGUGGGAUUUGACCUUAGAAAACACACGCUGCUCGGUUCCCUUUCCCGAAAGGAUUGUUUUUUGGCCAUGAGGAGUGAAUCCUGCUGCUUUGCUGCUGGUGUGAGGGUGACACCAAAGCUCUGGUCUUUUCCUACAGCAAAACAGGCCUGGUGACUACAACUUGGGACAGGCUGUACUUCUUCACUCAAGGUGGGAACCUGAUGUGCCAGCCCAGGGGAGCCGUCGCCGGGGGACUGAUCCAGGAUCUGGACAACUGCUCUGUGAUGGCAGUCGACUGUGAAGACCGACGUUACUGCUUUCAGAUCACCACUCCUACAGGGAAACCGUAUGUGUCUUGGGUCUUCUGCUAGGGAGCAACUACCCUACCCAAAACGAGGGCUUGCGUCUUUCAGUCUGGCUGCAUUAACUGAGUUGCCUUGAGCAUAAGCCUCCCCUUUAGGGAGGUCUCUAGUCACCUAAAUAAAUUUUUUUGUGAGGGUGGAGGAAGCUCCACUGAGUUUCUGGGAGUCCUUGCACUGCCUUCUGCUAGCUCCAUCAAGAUAGCUGAAUACAUAGCCUGUUAGUUGGCUAUGUAGUCUCUGCUUCAAAACCUCUAAUGGGGCAAGGAAAGAAAAUGAUGGGGUGGUUUUUGUUUUCUUUUACAGAGGGAUAACCCUUCAGGCAGAAAGCAAGAAAGAAUAUGAGGAGGUAAACACAUUUCACUUUGUUUCUACUCAAGAAAUUAAAAUUCCAGAACUAAAUUGAAAUCUCUGGCGUUUCUCUUUCUUGUUUUCCUCUUCCAGUGGAUAUGUGCAAUCAACAACAUCUCUCGGCAGAUCUAUCUUACUGACAAUCCUGAAGUAAGUAGGUUUUGAAAUGAAAUGCUUUGAUAACUCAAACAAGCCCCUCACCCCAGAUACAGUAAGAUCUGUGAUUCAAUGUUUGCUUUAAGGCUGUGCCUCUGCUUUGCUUCAGGCUGUUGCCAUCAGGCUGAAUCAGACAGCGCUGCAAGCCGUGACGCCAAUCACAAGCUUUGGGAAGAAGCAGGAAAACCAAUCCCCCAGGUAACAUUUUAGCCAUCUUAGUCUGGAGAGGUUUGGAUGCUCCUUCCGCAAAGAAAAUUAGCACCUCAGGAAGAAGGCCAGUCUAACUUUUGACGUGUUGGCAUUCUGCAAGCAUCGCAGUUUUGACAGAGGGAGCAAGUGUUCCCCCACUGUGUUCUGAAGCGGUCCCUUACAUGAAAGGCUCUUCCACAAGUUUCCUGAAUGGAUAGCUCAGCUGUUACAUUCUAAUCUACACGUGGUAGAUAACUGCUACCUGCAUCAUGCAGUUUCAUGUGCAAAUUGGAUCUUAAGCAGUCCCAACUCUGGGUAAACACCCUUAUUGCAGAUCUUAGACAAGUGCCAACAGUAACAACAUCCAGCACCUAUUAAAGAUGCAUUGCCGGUGCCUUAUUUCAGUGGGUUGUGUUCCUUCAUUUUAUCUUAGCCUAGGCAGAGUUAUCUUUCGGAUUCUCAUCUUUUCCUUUAUUGUAUGGUGAUUAUAAGAUUGAUGUUGUUUAUUUUGUUGUGCAUUGCAUCGGAUAGUGGUAGCCAACAUAAAUGCAUUAGGUGGUGUCAGGGAACUGCCAUCGGAGCUAGAGGUGGAGGGAAGGCUCCAGAGGGAUGCCGGAGAGGGUCCCAGUAGGGAGAGAGGCAGCCCAUCUGCUGGGGAAGGAAAUCAGCGUAACACCAGUGGAGAAGGGGGGCAGAUGGGGGAAUCGGAGAGGAGGCUCUAAGACUCCUCGCCGGAGACCAGCGGAGAGAGUACGGGUACUUCGCUGCCCACACCCUCCCUGUGCAGAAGACUUCUGCGCAGGGAGAGUAGGAGGAGACUUGGCGUCAAACAGCUUUUAUGCUGGAAAAGGUUCAAGAAACGCCCACUGACGGAUUCUGCCAGCGACUGAGACAGUCACGAUGCUGGAGGCUGUUCAGUCAGUUUAACCAGGUAACCUCGCCGGCAGUGGCGGCAACUUACGCACGAGCAACCCCUAAACCCAUUACAGGUGGCUAGGUGGCUCUCGGUACUUGGGAACCCCGCACAAGGGAUUUUGACAGGUGGGCAGUACAACCCACCUGUCCAUCAAGAGAUGCCAUGUGAUUGACAGGUGGAUUGUCCUGUAAAAGCUGACCCCCCCCACCCUUGCAUUAUGAUUUAGUUCCUGGUUGUGAUGUCUUAGUUCCUUGUUUAAAACACAUUUUAACUAUCCAGAAUUGGAUGUUAUUGGUAAGGAUGUUUAAAUGUCAGCUCAGACCCUGACUGAAUGCUCACUCGUCCGUUCUCACCCAGGUUUUCAUUUCUAGGAAUCCUUCCUCCCUUCCAGCUCUCACAGCGCUGUCUUUCUCAUAUGGGGCCAUGUUCUCUGUCUCUCUCCUUUUGCUUUAGCCAGGAUGUGAAGAAUGUGGAGAUGCAGAAUGACUGGGCAGCCCCAAACGAGCCGGCCAGCAUUCCAGAACCCACUGAGUUAAUUGCACCCGGAACACCAAUUCAGUUUGACAUUGUGCUUCCCGCAACAGAGUUCCUGGAUCAGAACAGGGGUGGCAGGUACAGCCAGCGAGAGUUUGACAAAGUGCUCCCUUUCGCAUUUGACUCCUUCUCUUAGGUUGGUGAAGUAGCCAUAACUCCUGCCCUGUGUGUAUUUUAACAGGCGCACAAACCCAUUUGGAGAGUCAGAAGAUGGCAAGAAAGAGGAUGAGGCAGGUGAGAACUGGCUGGGGAUUGCUGUUCAUAAACUUCAGUCUUGUUGAGCCCCAAAGCUGUCUAAAAUUACAAGGUCUAUUGUAAAUUUGAUCCAUGGGGUAAACUCUCUUCAGUCACAAAUGGUGCCCCAAGCUCCACUUUUUAGGUGCGACCAUGGUCUGUGUCAAAGAGGGGAGACCCUGUGGCCAGAUACUGAUAGCCUGCAGCUUCCACCAUCCUUGACUAUGCUGGCUGGGGCAACAACAUCUGGAAGGCCACAGGUUUCCCCAUCCCUGGUUUGUCUUGUGAAGAACAUCCCCCAUUCCCGCAGGUGGCCAAACGCUUCUGAGCGCUCACAAGCAGGGGGCAAGGGGAUAAUGGAAAACUGUAGCACUCUUUGUUGUUAUUGGACUCCAACUCCCAUCAGUGCCCUCUAGCUUGGCCAGUAGUUAGGGAUGAUGGGAGCUGGAGUCCAAGAAUAUACAGAAGACCAGAAGUUCUGCAUCUCUGCCCUACAAGAUUAGACCCAUUCACACUUUCCCAUCACUGCUUGAAAUCAAGAAGUGAGCAUCCAUAAACAGGAACCUGCCAUGAGAACAUUUAUGUUGAAGAAGAGAAAGCAGCAUCCAAGGGGGGGGAAAUCAGAUGUCCUAUUAACUCGAGAGGCAGGAUAAACAAGGAGAAAGUUCCUCUUUUUUAUUUCCUUUCCCCCAGAUUCGCUCUUGCAGCAGAUGUUUGUAGUCCGUUUUCUAGGAUCGAUGGCAGUCAAAUCCGACCACACGGUUGAGGUGAUCUACGAAGCCAUGAGGCAGGUGCUGGCGGCUCGGGCCAUCCACAACAUUUUCCGCACAACGGAAUCCCACCUCUUGGUCACCAGCAACGACCUGAAGUAAGCAAAACUUCCUCGCUUGCUUUCUUCUUCUGCAUGGUCUGCAUUGAUGUGAGGUCUGAUGAAUCUGUGAGCUGAUCCUGUGAGCGGGCUGGAACUCAUGAAGAGGGUACUCUUGGUACUUGCUAAGGCCAGCGGGAGGAGAUAGCCUUUGCUGAUGUCCUGCUCCCCUGUGUCCCUCCAGAGGCCUAGGUGUCCCUGACGGAUGUGAGAGGAGAUAGCUCCUCUUCCCUGGUUAUUAGGAACCUUUGCUGGAUCCAAAGACCUUCGGUUCAUUAGAAUUCAACUCCUAGUUCUCACAGGCUACAGCACCUUUAAUCCCUACCUCUUUUGGAAGUAACUAUCACUGAAUCCUAUCACUGGGGGGACACGGCUGGCGCUGUGGGUAAAACCUCAGAGCCUAGGACUUGCCGAUCGUAUGGUCGGCAGUUCGAAUCCCCGCAGCGGGGUGAGCUCCCGUCUUUCGGUCCCAGCUCCUGCCCACCUAGCAGUUCGAAAGCACCCCUAAGUGCAAGUAGAUAAAUAGGUACCGCUUAUAGCGGGAAGGUAAACAGCGUUUCCGUGUGCUGCGCUGGUGCUGGCUCGCCAGAGCAGCUUCGUCACGCUGGCCACAUGACCCGGAAGUGUCUUCGAACAGCGCUGGCUCCCGGCCUCUUAAGUGAGAUGAGUGCACAACCCUAGAGUCGGACACGACUGGCCCAUACGAGCAGGGGUACCUUUAUCUUUACCUUUAUCACUGAAUCCAGCUACAAGUGUUACCGAUAACGCUAGUUUCUGAAAUACUUGCUUUCAAGGAAGCAUAUCUAGGAUGGAAGGGUCAAUCAAAGAAUCUCUCAACAGUGAUAGUGAACUGGUAACCUUUCAAGUGCUGUUCGAGUGCUAUCAGCCGUGGCUAGUGGUCAGGAAUAAUUACCUUCCAUCCAACAUGUGGAGGGCUAAGAACCACAGGGAAGGGAAGCUUUUUGUUGUAGGAUGAGACGUAGUGGAAUGACAUAAUAGUACAUGACAUAAUAGAAAACCAUCACGUUGCUUUUUCAUAUUGCACUUUUAAGGUCUGGUGUGUGUGUGGUUUUGCAUAUACAGUCCAGGGAGUGGGUGGGAAUAAAUACAGAGACGGGGAUAAUGGCUAUCAUCAGCCUAAGUUAACUUGCUGAAGGGUUACAAUAAUUAAGGAUUGGAGGGGGGACCUUAAGGGGGCAACCUUAGAAACUAAAUAGAUCAAUGAAGACUGAGAAUGUUUAGCAGCCACAGAAUGAUGAAUGCUUGUUGGAGAGGAAAAAUGGAAGAAGAACACUUGCUACCCUCCCCUCCCCGGUUGUGGGAAUGGAGUAAUCUGGAAAAGGGCAUGGCUGGUUAAGGGCAUCUAGCAAUCUCUACUCAUUUUUCCUUUUCUCACAAGUAGCAUAUGAAGAUGUGUCAGCUUAAGGCCCAACUUUCUUGAGCCAGAUUAGGGCUCCUGUACUUUCUCUGCUGUUAAAUCUUGUGAAGAGGACCUAAUCUACUUUUUUUCCUCCCCUUUACACUAACAACAGAUUAAUAGAUCCGCAAACCCAAGUUACGAGGAUAAGUGUAAGUAUAUUCUUCCAUUUCUCACAGUACAGAAAUGGCAGUCAGGGCUUUAAAUGCCAAGUUGCCAGCUGGGGAAGUUGUUAAAUGUUUACCUGCUUUAAGUCUUUAAAAUUGUGAAACCCGUUUUUCCAGUUUGAACUUGCCAGUGUGACACAAUUUGCUGCUCAUCAAGAAAACAAGAGACUGAUUGGGUUUGUGGUUCCCAUCUCCGAGUCCCCAGGUGAAGAGUCCAUGAGUGCUUACGUAUUUGAGAGUAACACCGAAGGCGAAAAGGUCUGGAGAUGCUUUUCGUUGCAUGGUUUUUAGAAUACAUUUUGUUCUAAUUGUAGUCAUCCGUAAUAAGUUUUUAGUGGGCAUUUAGUGAGUUGAGUCCAUUUGCUUUGCUUAGUUUGCACGCGCACACACACAUACACUCUCCCCAAAUAUUCCUUAGCAAUUCCCUUGAUCCAUUGCCCACUUGCUUAACCCUGUUGUGACCACAUUUAUAGACACAUAAGAUUCUGAAAGAGAAACAUCAGAGUUUAUUUGUUAUUACCUUAUGCUGCACUGCUUCGCCAUACAUGUUUGGCCAGCAACUGGCUAAACUUCCACAAAGCCUAUCUCCUGGUCUCAGCUUACUGUCUAGAUCUGCUACCACAUACUUCUGCUUUCCUGGUGCUCUAACCUGGGUCCUAGGAUAACAGAAAAAUUUCCUAAGGCUGAUCUCUGCUUCUUCUGCAGAUUUGUUAUGCGAUAAACCUCGGGAAAGAAAUCAUUGAAGCUCGCAAGGUAAUGUUUCACUCUUCCUAUCUAUACAGUACUGAAUCUUGCUUUUAAGCCUAAACUCUGGCCUCUGAUGGGUGCCUGGAUGCCAGCACUUUGCUUACCAACCAGUUCAGUCCCACCUGUGCUUAAAAAGAAAGGUAAGGGGGGAAUUAAAAAAUUGUAAGGGGCAGGAGGCCCAUAGGUGGUUCUAUGUUGGGGAUCCCAGAACAAUACAGUGAAUGGGACAAAUGCAGGAAGCGAUCGUGGACGAUGAAAAAAUCAUGACAGAGGCAACGCAGGUAAAUUAAGUCAGGGCCUCAAGUUGUGUGUUAACCUGCCACCCAAACAGGAACUUUAACUGUCUGGGGUUCUUCUUCUACUGUUACUUGUUUGCAUCCAUUUCAGGUCUUCCUGUACAUAUUGAGAAAUGCAAGUUUCUGCACCGACAUUAAAUAAAAUGCAUUUAAACAUAAAUUGAAUGACAAAGGACUUAACUAUUAGUUUCUCUGCAUUUUUCAAGUACACGUUAACUAGCAGAGCAUGUUGUACCCAUAAAGCUCACAAUAUCAACCCAGUAGGGUAAAGAGUUUACAAAUACCAUUUUAGCUAUAUAUAGGUGCUGGCAGGUACAUCACCUUGCCCCUGCAAUUGAAGGGGCCCAGAGCUGCGCGAUAUCACCAUGCCAUGUGCACCUGUGCUGCGCAGCUGCCAGAGAUUUGUGGGGGGGGCACAGUCCCACAUAGAUUGUGUGCCUGGGUGUCGGCACAUUGAAAAUGAGCUGCAAUUUCAACUUUGUUUUUGCAGCAUACUAUAUAGCCAAUCCAAAGCACGCAAGGAUCCUCAUUGUGGAAUGAAGCUUGCUUUAAUCUAGUCUUGUCAAUUCACUGUUUUUAUCAUCUUGACUUAGAACUCAUUUAAGCAGUGUGAUCUAGUGUUGUUUUAAAAGCAGGCAACGAAUUAGGUUGCUGAGAACUGAGGCCCCCCGAUGAUAGAUAAUUGCAGACCGUUGGAUAACUAUUCCAAUGACUCUCAUUGUGUUUUCAUUAUAGGAUCCGGAAGCACUAGCUCAGUUAAUGUCAUCUGUGCCACUAACCAAUGAUGGGAAGUUCGUGCUCUUGAAUGAGCAGUCAGAAGAGGACAACACAGUACAGGGAGAUGGGCAGGAGGAGUCAGAAGCAUAA